UUUGGCAGAGAUAAAACGUGCUACGUCUGCCUCUCUUUCUCUCUCAUAAAAAUGGAGUGGAAGCGAUUCCAACCCUUCAUUUCUCUCAAUCUUGACUCGGGUCGCCGGAAUCGGACUGGAAUCCCGUCGGAGAAAAACAAUAUCCGGUGCCGGCGUCAGAUUCCGGCCCUGCAAGUCUAGUUCUCCAUCAAAAUCGCCGGCGAAAACACACGUUCUGAUGGAUGAGAAGAAAAGUGCAUCUGAUAUUGGAAUUCCAUGCCGUUGGAUCAAAUUGCCAUCACAUUGGACGGACGGAAUGCGGCAUUUCUCGUCUUUGUUUGAUGGGUUGGCGAGGUCGAUUGGAAGAAAGAAGAAUUGCGAGGGUCACGAUGUUGGUAGGGAGGCGGUGGAUGCAAUGGUGAAAGAAGCGAAGAAGAAUGAUUUGAUUCUUUGCUCUUCCGGCAGUGUUCAUGCCAAAGGAUCGAAGAGCUUCGUAUCUGGUUUUACACAGAGAGGGAGGAAAGGAGUGAAUCAGGAUUGCUUCUUUGUUUGGGAGGAAUUCGGAUGCCAAGAAGACAUGAUGUUCUGUGGUGUGUUUGAUGGGCAUGGCCCUUGGGGACAUUAUGUAGCAAAAAGGGUCAGAGAAUUGCUGCCAUCGUCUCUGCUUUGCAAUUGGCAGGAGACUCUUGCUAUGAGCUCAAUUAAAUCAGAAUUCCUUUUGGAAUCUGAUAAAAUGCUUAAUCGAUUUGACAUUUGGAAGGAAUCCUAUUUGAGAACUUGUGAUGCCGUAGACAAGGAGCUUGAGCAGAAUCGUGGGCUGGAUAGCUUCUACAGCGGUACCACUGCUUUGACCGUUGUCAAACAGGGUGAACUUAUCAUCAUAGCAAAUGUCGGUGAUUCUCGUGCUGUGUUGGCAACAACUUCUGAAGGUGGCACCUUGGUUGCGGUUCAGCUUACUAUGGAUUUUAAACCAAAUUUACCUCAGGAGGCAGAGCGUAUAACACAAUGCAAGGGUCGUGUGUUCUGUUUAGAAGAUGAACCAGGCGUGCAUAGAGUUUGGUUGCCCGACAGGGAAACACCGGGACUUGCAAUGUCAAGAGCCUUUGGAGACUAUUGUAUCAAAGACUUUGGCCUUAUUUCUGUGCCUGAAGUGACGGAGAGGAAUAUAACGAACAAAGACCAAUUUCUUGUGAUUGCAACAGAUGGGGUAUGGGAUGUGAUUUCAAACCAAGAAGCAGUCCAGAUAGUCUCUUCAACUCCAGAAAGAGAAAAAUCAGCUAAACGCCUUGUAGAGUGUGCGACCUGUGAAUGGAAGCGUAAGAGACCGGGGAUAGCGAUGGACGACCGUUCAGCCAUCUGCCUCUUCUUUAACUCGUCCCCACCCUCUCAAAAUGUUGGUCCCUUAUAGAUGUGGAAACCAAGCAUAAGAAAGAGCAGCAUGAGCAGGUGGGCCGCACGUCAUCUGCUCAUAAUUUCUUUUUUGAUAUCUCCGUAAGCAAGUUCAUGUGUUUUAUCAUGUCUUAUUAAAUCAAGCCUGCUGGAGUUCAUCAUUUAAGAGUCCGUUCAGAAAUUAUUGUAUUUGCAUUUGAGCCAAAUGGCCAAUGGCCCGAAUAACCAUUGUGCUUGUUUCUUCAAACAUGAACUUUCUUUAUUCCACUCAAUGCCAAAUGGUAUACAAGCACUACCAAACAGGCUCAAUUUUCAA